CAGUGACCCUACCCUAAUCUGUGAUCCAAAAGCAUAAAAGUCAAGAGUGAAUUUAGUGUUAGAUUAUUUACAAAACAAGUAUGAUUAUAUCUACAUAAAAUGUAUUUUAUUACCAAAUUAAUAAAACCAUUGUUAUAAAUUUUAGCGUUGAUUAGAAUCGUGUUUUGAUUUCUAAAGUUAUUAAACAUAGACGCACAAUGUCUGCUGAAUCUGAUAUGGAAUAUUCGGACAAUGAUGGCGAUGAUUAUGACUAUUACGGGGGGCAAGAUGACUGUGACAUGGAAACUAUAGAUCGAAGCAAGUCUGAUCCUGAAUAUUUCUUGUAUUCAUGCCUUAAGGUUGAAGAGGUAGAGAAAUUGUUGAAUGAAUCGAUUGAAUUGCUCAGCAACAGCCUUCAAGUCACGCCUUCACUUGCCAAGGUGAUGUUACAUACUUACGAAUGGAAUGCUCAAGACAUAAUAAAUAAAUAUAAAGAAAAUGCAAUCGAAGUGUUGGUGUAUAGUCGUGUGAAACCUCGCGUACCAACUCUACAAGGCAGUUCAAGCCGUACUGCUUGUGCCGUUUGUGCUAAUAUUCCACCUAUCCACAACUACAGUGCUCUAGCUUGUGGUCACUAUUUCUGCAAUGAUUGUUGGGCUAUGCAUUUUGAAGUACAAAUUAUGCAAGUGAUGUUCCAGGUUUAACAGUACAUCACCAAAUAGAUAACAACUGUAGUGUUACACUGAGCCUUAUCCAUAAAAAAUAAUAGUUAAAAAACAUGAUUUUGCUGCCAUAAUGAACUGAAAAGUAAAAAACAGGUAGAAAAAACUCAUUGCAAUAGAGUAAUAGGAGAGGUUUCCAGUCUGCAAUAACUGUUUUGCAUUUGUAAAUGUACAAGGUAUAAUUUUAGUUCCUGCAGCACGAAAAUGCCACUGCACAAGCAAGUGGCAUUUUUUUUGUUCUUUAAUCAUUACAAUAGGGAUAUCAAAUUAAAGGGUGUAUCCAAUACAAUACAAUGUAUGGCUCAAGAGUGUGAAGUGAGAGCUCCUGAAGACUUUGUAUUAUCCCAUGUUCCUAAACCUACAUUAAGAGAACGCUAUCAACAGUUUAUGUUCAAAGAUCAUGUUAAGUCACAUCCUCAAUUAAGAUUUUGUCCAGGUCCUAAUUGUCAGUGGAUCUUCAGAGCAUGGGUUCGAGAAGGACCCCGCAGGGUUGAAUGCCAUGGCUGUGAGUUGCUCACUUGUUUCUCAUGCGGUGCCCCACAUCAUGCUCCAACUGACUGCGCUACUAUACGACGGUGGUUAACUAAGUGUGCAGAUGAUUCAGAAACUGCUAAUUAUAUCAGUGCACAUACCAAGGAUUGUCCAAAAUGUCAGAUAUGCAUAGAGAAAAAUGGUGGCUGCAAUCACAUGCAAUGUGGUGCUUGUAGGCAUGAUUUCUGUUGGGUUUGUUUGGGGGAUUGGAAAGCGCAUGGUUCUGAAUAUUAUGAAUGCAGCCGUUAUAAAGAAGACCCAAAUUUGGCUAAUGAUAGUCAACAUGCCCAGGCACGUGAGGCACUGAAAAAAUAUUUACACUAUUAUGAGAGAUGGGAGAAUCAUGCGCGAUCUCUAAAGUUGGAGGAACAGACUUUGGCAAAUCUCAAGAGUCGUAUAAACCAAAAGGUCAUGGCUGGUGAAGGUACAUGGAUUGACUGGCAGUAUCUUUGGGAUUCAGCGAAACUUUUAAAACGUUGUCGAUACACUCUACAGUACACUUAUCCUUUCGCUUAUUAUAUGGAGGUUGGCCCGCGAAAAGAGUUAUUUGAAUACCAGCAGGCUCAGCUUGAGGCAGAAAUUGAAAAUCUGUCUUGGAAGGUGGAGCGUGCAGAGACUACUGAUCGUGGAGACUUAGAAAAUCAAAUGGAUAUAGCCGAAAAGAGACGUACAACAUUACUCAAAGAUUUUCUAGACAUAAAUGUUGCUUCUAGUAGCAGUAAAGUAUAAAUAUUGACCUCGAACUUGCAUUUUAUAUUCACAAAAUAUCCUCAAUCAGUAUGUUGUGUAUAAUGUACUUGUAAAAGCUAGAUUUUUCUUUCUGCCAAAGUAUAUUUAUUAACACG